AUGCUUCUACUCUGUGAGAAUAUCGAUCCUCAAGGGGACCGUAUACUAGUGUUUGCUACCGAUGCCAAUUUGGUGAAACUAUGCGCUUCAGAGAUGAUGUUUAGUGAUGGGACAUUUCAUUCCUGCUCGACAUUGUUCACUCAACUGUACAUUCUCUAUGCUAAAGUAAAUGGAACUGUAUUUCCUCUUGUGUUUGGAUUGCUGUCAAACAAGACUGAGGACACGUACGAGCGCUUCUCUACUCUCCUGAAGAAUGCAGUCCAUGAGAGACCGUCUAUGCUGACACCAGGACAUUGGAUCCUGGAUUCCGAAGUUGCCGCUCAUAACGCAAUCCGAGCCAGUUUUCUGCUAACUUCCACCAAGGGAUGCUUCUUUCACUACACACAGCGCAAAUGGAGGAAAGUUCAAUCCACUGGACUGGAGGUUACGUUUAGAGAGGAUGAAUAUUUCCAUCAACUUGUAAGGAGAGCGACUGUUGUUCCCUUGGUACCCGAAAACAUCGUGGAGAAUGUGCUGUGA